UAACGAGUAAAUGCGCUGUUAGCAGUUAUGUUUACAGUCUAAACUGCUGUUAACUACAUAUAUGCCAAGAAUUUGCGCUCAGCUUCAAUUCAUUGAGACUUGAUUUUAUCAAUACAACAACAUUGCGACGUAAUUGCUUACGCUACCAGUGGUCAAGCUGUAUUGGACAGCGGCUGAGAACAGCGCGCAGCAAACAGACUCGGAAUUACCUGAUUACCGGUCUAUAAGCGACGCUGCUGCCGCUGAUGAUGACUGGGCGCAAACGAGAAUCACAGCGACACAACAAACAGCGACAAAAAAAAUUGCAAACGUUAACGUAAGCGGUAGACGCGCUACAGCCUCAGCUUCCAAUGCGGCAGUCAGUGAGGCGUCAGCCAGCGGCUAGCAAAAGCGUUAUUUACCUGCCGUGUCAUGCACCACAACGACUUCAUUCAAAAGUGAGCUGCGCAAGCGAGUAGACGAACUUUUAAACCAGUGAGCUCUCCGUAACGCUAACAAGAACAUAUCGUAAACGUUGAGUUUAAAUAGUGACGUCUUCAAAAGUAAAUUUAAAAAUUAAAUUUUUAGAAAAAAAGAAGCAAAAACAACGUUAAGAACAUGUUAGAACCGCAACAAGGAUAAUUGUUUAUUUAUGCAAAAGUGAAAUUUAUAAAACAAAAAUAUUACAAAUUUUCAAAAAAGUGUGACAUAAACAAUUCAGUUUGAGUGCGCUUGAACUUUACGUACAGAGCUAGAAGCGCUGAAUAAUAUUUUUUUUCGCAAAAAAGCAAACAAAAAUACAAAACAGUUAAUUGUAACACAGCUGACAGCUUAACGCUAAUUGCUGUUAGAUGCCUAAGCAAAUAACGGUAUUUUUUUGAAAAAGCAAAAAAUUCGAAUUUUAGUGCUUUGCUUUUAACGCAAAAACCGUAAAACGCAAAGUAGAAAUUAAACGCGCGAAAAUGAAAGAUUUUGCCAAAAUAUUUUCACGCCGUUAUAGCGCCGUCAAUGUGCAAGACACAGAACAGCAAGAGCAACAGCAACAAGAGUUAACUGCUAAUAUGCAAGCGACAGCGACGACAGGUCCUUACACAGCGUGCAGCAUGUCGCGCACCGCUGAAAAACAACAAAAUAAAAGUUUGAAAGCCAAUCGCAAAAUGAAUCCUGCCGGUAUACUCAGCUCGUUCUUUUACGAACGCAAGAGCAAUAAGCGUGCGCGUUCACCAAAAUGCGCCUUUUUAUUACUCGCCCUCGGCGUGUUGGCCAUCACAACAGCUGUGCUGGUGAAAAUCUUUCAGCCAUACGACUUGAUCUUCAAAUGGAAACUCACCAUGGCUGACGAUGGCGAAAUUUUUAAUUUGUGGGCUAAACCACCGGUAGAUCUUUACAUAAAGAUUUAUCUUUUUAAUAUAACGAACGCAGAGGCUUUUCUGGCGGGACGCGAAAAAAUGAAUGUGGAACAAGUUGGCCCAUAUGUUUACAAAGAAAUCAUGACACACGAAAAUAUCACUUUCAAUGCCAACAAUACAAUGUCUACAACACCCAGUCAUCCAUUGGUGUGGCAAGAACACUUGUCUGAGGGGCGUAAAGAAGAUGAUCAGGUGGUCAUGUUGAAUAUUGCAAUGCUGGCAAUUUCCCAUUUAACCGCUGACAAGCCACUAUUCCUACGCAUGGGCUUACGCACACUGUUUGCAACAUCGAAAUCACUGCCAAUUGUACGUAUGACAGCUAAGGAAUUUAUGUUUGGUUAUCAGUCAUCGUUGACUACAUUGGGCAACACAUUCUUCUCGAAUUGGAUAUCUUUCGAAAAAGUGGGACUUAUUGAUCGGAUGUAUGACUUUAGCACCGACUAUGAAACUUUCUACACUGGCGCAACAAAUCCUGCCAUAUCUGGCCUCUAUGCCACUUAUCGUGGCAAAACCAACUUGCCACAAUGGGAUGGUGAACACUGCAGCAAUAUUGAACUCGCUUCGGAUGGCACCAAAUUCAGGAGUUUCAUACAACCCAAUGAUAGUAUUAAAUUCUUCAGGAAAAGCAUGUGCAGGCCCAUCAAUUUGUAUCGCAGUGGUGAACCACAAACGUAUGGUAGUCUUACCGGUUACAAAUACGUUUUUGAGGAGAAUGCAUUCGAUAAUGGUGUCAACAAUGAGGCGAACAAGUGUUUCUGCAGAAAGAGUAAAUGUCAACCACAAGGUCUAAUCGACGUGACCGAUUGCUAUUACGGCUUCCCCAUCUCUCUAAGUUAUCCACAUUUUAUGCAUGGUGACGCUGGUCUACUUGACAACAUUACCGGCGUGCAACCAGAUGAACAGAAAUACUCCUCCGCAUUUGUUGUACAACCGGAAUCCGGCUUGCCACUCUCCAUCUCCGCCAAAGUACAAAUCAACAUGCAUUUCGAUGAUUUGAGCACCUUCAGACAAGUCAGCCGUUUCAGUCACUUGACCGUGCCGAUGCUGUGGUUCGAUAUUAUGAUGCCCGAACUGCCCGAAUCACUAGACACACGCUUCAAUUUCUACCUCAACAUACUGCCCUACCUCGAUAUACUCGGUUACUGGGGUAGCCUCUUGCUGGGCAUUGCACUGCUACUGUAUGCCGUUACACGCGCCACGUUACGCAUGUCGAAUUUACCGCAAAUGAAUAACAUUUCCGAUGGUAAAUACAGUAAAGUGAAUAUACUACGCGGUGUCACCAAUGUGCACUGCAAUGAUGUCUACAAGCCAUGUGAAAUGAAGCUACUGCAUAAGCAUGAAAAAAAUCAGCAAACGCUUGAGGAUAAUGUAAUCACACGUCAUGAUGAUAUGGAUAUGGAAGCCGGUGUAGAUUUGUUAUACAAAGAAAUGGCCGCAACACAACAGCGUCAGGGUUCAUUUGCUUUGGAAUUGGAGCCGGCGUUAUCGGGUUCUGAGAGUGGUGAUGAUGAUGAUGUGGAGAGUAACUCAUCGGCAUUGUCAUCAUUAUGCAGUCAUAACACAUCCACAUGCACUUGCUCAGUGGAGCGCAGACAAAGUGGUGAAUUUGAGGUGGAGACAACAGUGAAUGAGUCUACAAUUAAUGCCGAUAAUAUUGCAAUUAAACAAACACAAGCGAAUACUGCGCUUAGUAUAGAUGCUAAGCAAGCAGUUAAACAGACGACAACUAACAAUAGCAGCGCCAACAGUAUCGAUCAACAACAACACAACAAUAGCAACAAUAGCCGAGCAAAUAGUCAUAAAUAUACAGUCUAACUGUAUGCACACAGUUUGCAUAAUUUCAACGCGUAUUAAACAUAAACACACAUCGGGUUUUAACGGUUAUGUUCAUUAUAUUUUAAUGUACCUUGGUUAUUCAUUCACUACAUAACUGUAUAUGUAUAUAGUAGUUUAUUAGUUUAUUUGGCGCAUUUAAGGCUCCUUUAUAUUGUUAAAGUAUUGCUUUUUAUCCAAAACGCCUCAUAGUCUUAGUUAGUAAUUUUGUAUUUAUGUAAAGAAAGCACGAUUUGUUUUUUUUUUACUUAAUUUUAUUUUAAUUUUACAUGUACCAAUGUAAUGCAAAUGCUUUUACACAGUAAUUAAUUUCGAUAAAUUUUGUCGACUUUAAACUGGUUAUCAGCUGUGAUAAUUAGCAAUGCAUGCAUACAAAUGUAGCAUAUAUUAUAUAUGUAUAUGUACAUAUAUGUAUGCCUACAAAUGUAUUUAUUUAAGAUUAAAUGCAUUUGCACAAAUUGAAAAA